CUUCCUCCUCUUAUUGAGUCCAAAGUUGAACACUUCUCGAACGCGAAGAAAACGGCAAGAGAGAGAGAGAGAGGGGCCGAGACAGGCCCAAAGAAAUACGCCAAACGCCAUAGGAGAACUUGUCCACGCCGACGCGAGAGAGAAAGAAAGACGCAAGCGGAGCCACCCACCCACCUCCGGCGUCAAUCGUUCGAUCCACGUCGUCGUCGCCCUACGUCUCCGGCGGAUGCUCCGGCGCCGCCGGCGGUGGCGGCGAUGAGAGAGGAGAAGAAGACGAUGGAGGGCGCAUCGGAGGAGCUUGAGCGACGGAGCCGCUACCUCAGCUCCCUCAUUCAGCGCACCAGGCUCAAGCCCGAUGGCGAGCCGGAGAAGCAACACCAUCAGGAGCCGGCGAAGCCUGAUAAGGAGAAGCAUCACCACCACCACCAUCAGCGGCAGGAGAAGAAAAAGAAGAAGGAGGGAGAUGAGGUUGUCGAUGGCGGGGAGGAUGAUCCACAGGAGCAGCAGCAUAACGUGCGUGUGAGGGCAGCGGACAUGCCGCCGGAGCUCCAGAAGCGGGCGUUCCGGUGCGCCCGCGAGACGCUCGCCACCAUGCCCAAGCUCGACAGCAAGCGGCUCGCGCUUGCCCUCAAGAAGGAAUUUGAUUCAUCAUAUGGGCCAGCUUGGCACUGCAUUGUGGGUACAAGUUUUGGUUCGUAUGUCACGCAUUCUUUGGGAGGUUUCUUGUAUUUCUCCAUCGAUAAAGUCUACAUUCUUCUCUUCCGGACGGCUGUUGAGCCAUUAAGCCAUUGAUGGGGACAUCACAACUCAAAUGAGUGGUUCUACGGAAAUAUAGAUGCUUGGAAUGCUGUUCAAGUUUUGUUAGCAGACCUUCGCAUUGCUGCUGAACAUGUAGUAAUGAUGUGAAAAACAUGUACAAUUGUAAUGCAACAAGGACAUGAAACAAUUGGCUGUUUUUUCUGUGUCUUGGCCAACAUACUAAGCACUGCUGCGAUGGUUUACCUGUGAUAUCAGACAUGCUGAAUGUGUUUUUCCACUGAUUGGAUAAAUAUGCAGAUUUAGAUGUGUUCGAGCA